AAAGGAAUUUCUUCUCUGUUCUUGGAGUCGUUUAGAUCUGACUCAAAUUCGCAAAUCUUCUUCGCUCUGGAUUCUCUUCCGAUUUUGCUGGGUUCUAUUAUAUAAGUUGUGGAUGUGUUACCUUUACAUAUCGGGAGAAUAAUAUGCUUUGGUUGAGCACAUCCAUUGAUGUAUUUCGCAAAGUUGUGCAUUUGAACCUCUAUUGUAGGGUUAUUUUGUAAAGCACUUUUUAUAUCGGCAACACUGAAUUAUUCCUCCCUGAGCUCGUUCUUUCAAUCAACCAUGGGCUCCAAUCACUUUUUUAUCAUUUCCUGUGAUAUCUAUAUUAGCUGAAAAGCUUCCUGUCUCUAAGCACCAUUUUGCGUUCAUUCUUCUGUUUUAAAUUCCCUUUUUUCUGCUUCUUUGUCAAGGAAUCUAAAGUUUCCUCGUUCAUUUUUAUCAACUAGUGAGUUUAGUUCUUUCUGCAGCGAAUAUUCUCCUUUUACCUUCCUCUUUCUUUGUUGUUUGUACCCUCUUGUGGCUUCUGGUAUAGAGGAAUUGUUAUCCGUUAAGGUUCAGAAGUAGUUAUGGUGUGCCAAGCUGCAACCCAGACAAGAUUUCGGACAUUGAAACACGAGAACGGAAUUGCUGGAAAACCAACGAUUAUAGUUAGAGUGAUCGCAUGCUUUCAACCUUUGCAGAAUUGUCAGGCCGAGUAUUUUCGACACUUACUUAAGCCGGUCACGUAGAUUGACUAGCGUUUGUUUCUCUUUAGCUGGAUUUUGUGAACCUUUUUUUCUCCUCUUCUUUGUUCCUGCAAGCAUUCAGCAGUUAACUCCGAUUGUAGACCAGAGCACAACAUUUUGAGGUGAUUGUUUUUCUGGAUGGUUGGGACUGAUAACUCUCAGCUGGGUUUUGGGCAUUUUGCUUGGCAAUUGCGUAAUCAUAGUUCAAUGAACGCAUCCGUAGAGAUCAAGCAACAGGAAAGCUUACGAACUCAUAUCAACCCUGGAAAUUGCAUAUUUUCCACAUGUGUAGGAAUGCAAGGGUUGGCAAUUCCUCCACCAUUACCCAAUUUUAAAGUGGAACUACUAAAUGUUGUUCAGCGGUCAAAUCAAUGCUUAUCCCCUCAUUUCCAGAACUCACUCAGCAUUCCAUUUCCUUCUCAGAAAGAGGAAGAAUCUCUGCAUUAUGCUGGACCACCUAGUGAGAUGCCUUUGUCAAUAUCAAAUAAUGGGUCCUAUCCAAAAGGUUUUCUUAUCUUUGAUCAAUCUGGAAACCAGAAGAGAUUGAUGUAUGCUCCUAUGUCUCCUCCUGUCCACUCAACUGUUGCUGACAAUAAGCGUCCUGGUUGGCUUGAAGAAGAAGGGGUAGUCGGAGACAUUAAUUCUGUCAAAUAUUUUCCAAGUACACUGUUCAAUGAGAAUUAUGUAGCUGCUGGAGAGAGUGAAAUGCAUGAAAACACAGAAGAAAUAGACGCGUUACUUUACUCAGAUUAUGAUGGUACUGGUUGUAGUAGUGACGAUGAAGUGACUAGCACCGGACAUUCUCCAGAGAUGAUCAAUGAACAUUAUGAAAAGAAUGAACGAUGCCAGGAAACUACUACAAAAGUUGCUAGUUCUGAUGGCCCAAGAAAAAGGCAAAGAGUGCAUGAUGGUGAGUCAGUAAAAUCACCGCGAAUUGCUACUGUUUCUCGUGCAAGAGUUGAAUUACAGAAGUUUGCCAAUGAUGCGGAAUCAGGCUGUGGCAUGGUCCAUGAGGAAGAGGCUGGAACAGAUGUUGAUUUCUGCAAUUCUUUUUGCAAAAAAGACAAGAUCAAGGAGACAUUGAGAGUACUUGAGAACUUUGUUCCUGGUGCAAAGGGCAAAGACCCAUUGUUGGUCAUUGAUGAAGCCAUUGAUUACUUGAAGUCCUUAAAACAUGAAGCAAGCGUUCUGGGUGUGAGCUGCUAUUAGAUAACAUGCCCCUAAUUUAUAUGUUGGUGGUUAAUUGGUUAAAAUUACGGUGUCAUGGUGCGGUAACUUAAAGAAUUCUUAUUUUGAAUUUUGAUGAAUCCAAGAGCAGUCUGUUUACUAGUGCAAGCUGCUUCCUAUCACGAGAACACUGCGAUGGAUUAGCAAAUGGAGGUGUAUUAUCAGGAUAACAUUGAACCUAGCCGGAAAUGAGUUAUUAAUUGCCUUUCUUAUCUGUUUACUCGACAUGAUUAUGUUUGAUACUUUUAAGGGACUAAAGAUCAGGGGAAAGUCGCAAAGAUUUGAACGCAUGGGAUGUGAUAGUGGUGGGUUAUGUUGAUGAGAAAUUAAAGACCCCACUUUUUCCAGCAAUAUGGAGAAUGUCCAAGGAUUUGGUGCAUGCGCGUUAGGUAUGUGAGGCCCCACUUUCCACAUCUUUUUUCCUGGAUUAUAUGCUAUGUCCUUUCCCCUAUUACCCAUUUGUAGAGGUUAUGCUGUAAAGUGGUGCUUGUCCCUUGUGGUAUUAGGUGGAUGUUGCACGGUGAAACUUUUGUGGGGGAGUUUUGAUUAUGAGCACUGUGAAACUUUUUGACUGCGCUCAGGUUUGUGUUGAUGUAAUAAUUGGUGUGAACGCUUUUUUGAGUCCAUUAUGGUACCGCUUUCUGUAUGCUCGUACUUGACCCAAGUCUUGAGAAUACUGGCUGUACAAUUAUUGUUGUCAAAGUGUCUUCUGUUUGCUUA